AUGCCCAAACAUACUGUGACCGUCCCCUGUCUGCUGACUGUCCCCUGUCUGCUGACCGUCCCCUGCCUGCUGACCGUCCCCUGUCUGGUGACCGUCCUCUGUCUGCUGACCAUCCCCUGUCUGCUGACCGUCCCCUGCCUGCUGACCAUCCCGUCUGGUGACCAUCCCCUGUCUGCUGACCGUCCCCUGUCUGGUGACCGUCCCUGGCCUGCUGACCGUCCCCUGCCUGUUGACUGUCCCCUGUCUGCUGACCGUCCCCUGCAGCUGACCAUCCCCUGCCUGCUGACCGUCCCCUGUCUGCUGACCAUCCCCUGCCUGCUGACCCUGACCAUCCCCUGUCUGGUGACCGUCCUCUGUCUGCUGACCAUCCCCUGUCUGCUGACCGUCCCCUGCCUGCUGACCGUCCCCUGUCUGGUGACCAUGCCCUGCCUGCUGACCGCCCCCCGCCCGGUGACGGUCCCCUGUCUGCUGACCGUCCCUGGCCUGCUGACCGUCCCCUGUCUGCUGUCCAUCCCCUGUCUGCUGACUGUCCCCUGUCUGGUGACCGUCCUCUGUCUGCUGACCAUCCCCUGUCUGGUGACCGUCCUCUGUCUGCUGACCGUCCCCUGUCUGCUGACCAUCCCCUGUCUGCUGACCGUCCCCUGCCUGGCCCCCAGUUCUGCUCUCCUCAUUGUGCGUGAAGGAGCCGCACAGAGUUCUGCCUUUCAGAGGUCUACACUAAGGUUCUCAGGCAGCCAAAUUCUUGGACCUCCCACCUGCCUGCAGGUGACCAGAAGCCAGUUACAGAAGCUGCGAAACUACAAAAUGGCCUCAGACAUACCUGGAUCGGUGACCUUGCCUGUUGCCUCCAUGGCGGCCACUGGACAGGUGAGGAUGGCAGGGGCCAUGCCUGCUCGCGGAGGAAAGCGGCGUUCCGGAAUGGACUUUGAUGAUGAAGACGGUGAAGGUCCCAGUAAAUUUUCAAGAGAGAAUCACAGUGAGAUUGAGCGGCGCAGACGGAACAAGAUGACCCAGUACAUCACGGAGCUCUCAGACAUGGUCCCCACCUGCAGCGCGCUGGCCCGGAAACCGGACAAGCUCACCAUCCUCCGCAUGGCCGUCUCACACAUGAAGUCCAUGCGAGGCACAGGGAACAAGUCCACAGACGGGGCGUACAAGCCUUCCUUCCUCACCGAGCAGGAGCUAAAGCACCUCAUCCUUGAAGCAGCGGAUGGAUUUCUGUUUGUAGUGGCUGCUGAGACAGGACGAGUGAUUUAUGUGUCAGAUUCUGUCACCCCUGUUCUGAACCAACCCCAGUCAGAGUGGUUUGGAAGCACCCUCUAUGAACAAGUGCAUCCAGAUGAUGUGGAGAAGCUGAGAGAGCAGCUGUGCACCUCGGAAAACUCAAUGACAGGCCGGAUCCUGGACCUGAAGACGGGGACGGUCAAGAAGGAGGGGCAACAGUCCUCGAUGCGGAUGUGCAUGGGCUCGCGGCGCUCCUUCAUCUGCAGGAUGAGGUGUGGAAAUGCCCCCCUGGAUCACCUGCCCCUGAACAGAAUAACCACCAUGAGGAAAAGGUUCAGGAACGGACUUGGCCCUGUGAAAGAGGGUGAAGCCCAGUAUGCUGUGGUCCACUGCACAGGGUACAUCAAGGCCUGGCCGCCGGCAGGAAUGGCCAUCCCUGAUGAAGAUGCUGAUGUGGGACAAGGCAGUAAAUACUGCCUCGUGGCAAUUGGGAGGCUCCAGGUGACCAGCUCUCCUGUGUGCAUGGAUAUGAACGGGAUGUCGGUGCCCACAGAGUUCUUGUCCCGGCAUAACUCUGAUGGGAUCAUCACGUUUGUGGAUCCAAGAUGUAUUAGCGUGAUUGGCUACCAACCCCAGGGCGUGACCCGGCAACUUCAGCAGCAGCAGGCGGAACUGGAAGUGCACCAGAGAGAUGGGUUGUCAUCAUACGACUUAUCCCAGGUCCCUGUCCCUAAUCUGCCUGCUGGUGUUCACGAGGCUGGGAAAUCUGUGGAAAAGGCAGAUACAAUCUUCUCCCAGGAAAGAGACCCUCGGUUUGCUGAGAUGUUUGCAGGCAUCAGUGCAUCGGAGAAGAAGAUGCUGAGCUCUGCCUCUGCUGCAGGCACCCAGCAGAUCUACUCCCAAGGGAGCCCAUUCCCCUCCGGGCACUCGGGCAAGACCUUCAGCUCUUCAGUGGUUCACGUGCCUGGGGUGAACGAUAUUCAGUCCUCCUCUUCAACUGGCCAGAACAUAUCCCAGAUCUCCCGGCAGCUAAACCAGAGCCAAGUGGCGUGGUCGGGCAGCCGCCCACCCUUUCCAGGGCAGCAAAUCCCAUCCCAGUCCAGCAAGACCCAGACAUCUCCCUUUGGGAUUGGAACAAGCCACGCUUACCCAGCAGACCCCUCUUCAUACAGCCCUCUGUCGAGCCCUGCCACCUCCUCCCCAAGCGGGAGUGCCUACUCCAGCCUGGCCAACAGGACUCCAGGGUUCGCUGAAAGUGGACAAAGUAGCGGGCAGUUCCAGGGGCGGCCCUCGGAAGUCUGGGCACAGUGGCAAAGCCAGCACCACGGCCAGCAGAGCGGUGAGCAGCACUCCCACCAGCAGCCCGGUCAGACUGAAGUGUUCCAGGACAUGCUGCCCAUGCCCGGAGAUCCGACCCAGGGGACUGGCAACUAUAACAUCGAGGACUUUGCUGACCUUGGCAUGUUUCCACCAUUUUCUGAGUAGCUGUGGGCAGAGUGAGCUCCUGCCACCAUUCCGUGACAUCGCCACCCACGUGAACGAGGUCUCCCUCACCCAGCUUGCCUAGCGCAGGACCCCCACACCACAAGCACCUUUGCCCUCGCGACCCCCAGGCACUGCCCUCCUCAGUUCUAACGUCAGCCAAGGCUUCUUGGCCACCACCCGGGGCCCUGCUAGACACCGGAGGGCCGGUUGUAUUUAUUGUGUUCUGUCUGGGUGUGCUUAGGAGGUGAGCCUGUUGAGUCCUGGCAUUUGGUUGUGAAUAAUCUCUUAGCGGACCAUUUACACCCCUACAAAGUUCGGUCAGGAUCCAGAUUGGUAUGGCAGGCUUGGCUAAGACCAGAAAUCAAGCUUCCUCCUGCUUCUCACGUCUGCUGGAUGGUGUCCCACCAAGGCGGGAAAACCAGCAAGUGGGAUACAGAGCCUGAGGCAAGGUGCACGGGACUCAGUGCCUGCCCCCGCCACCAUGCCCUGCUGGCCUGCCGGGGCCCAGCGUGCCCUGGGGUCCAGGGUCCUUGUGCAGUGAGGCCUGAACUUCCAUCCUCAGGGCUGUGCUGUGCUGUGUCUGUCGUGUGUGUGUGUGUGUGUGUGUGUGUGUGUGUGUGUGUACAGGAAAGUGCAGCCCCUCAACCCACACAAACAAGGCCGGAGAGCCGGGCUGAGUUGGGGCUGGUGACCUGUCCUUUACAAGUGAGUUCAUAGGCCCACGUCCCUACUAAAGAUUCAGAUACUCUUCUUCAAAGAGCCAGUCCUUCCUCCACCCUGAACCCCGUGGAAACACCGGGCCUAUGCGCAUCUAUGUCCUGAUUCCAUGUAGGUGACUCCCACGGUCCCUUGUCCCUUCCCAGCACACAUGGAGGUCACGUAGCUGGGGCCCUCUACAGGUUUGGAUGGUGGGAGCAGCACCCUUGCACGGAGGAAGAUGCUCUCAGUCACUUUCCUUUGGGCCUCUUGUCUUCCCCUGGCUGGGCAGGGUGGCUCCUCAGAGGGUACACAGUGCAAAGGAGGGACAGACCACUCUGCUCCUGCUACACAUGCUCCAAGGCCUUGGAUCCCAGCUAGUCUACAGGCAUGACAAUAAGCCAGCCUUGGGCUCCCAGCCAACCCAGAGGCUUCUGCCUGGACCACGGUGAGUCCAGGAUGCUUGGCUUGCUGUUCUGUCCAGAUGCGAGACGAGUUUAAGGCCCACACUCCUGUUUUCAUGUCUCUGGACCCUUCCCACACCCUGUACUCCAGUCAGGGCUAAGUUUCCCUCUUCUUCUUAUAUAUACCAUCAUCUCCAGUUCCUCAACACUACGCAUUGCCACCAAUGCAUAGUGAUGCAUCUCUCCCACAUGGGUGGGAGAGAAGCCACCUGGCUGCCGGAGGCAGACGAGAGCUCACCCUCUGAAUGCCCAGGGCAUUCCCACAGCCACGAAGACCUUGCAUGGUGGUUGCUGUGCUCAGAGGCCUCCCUGGCCAGGCACCUGAGAGGGUAGGGAGAGUGGGAGGGAUGGCGAGACCCUGCCUUCAUGUUUGGAAAGCCCUGGCUGGCAUCCGGGGGCAGCCACAGGCCACGCUCCUGCAGAGCCUCACCUGUGCAAGCCCAGCAUUGCUUGGUAGAAGGUCCUUGGCUGGCAGCCAUCCUCACUUGGUCCCAACUCCAACACUAACAACUCUGGCUAUGUAGUUUCUAGAGAGGCUUUGAUGCCUAUGGUAGACAGUUCUGACCCAGCGCUGCGUUUAACCCUAAGUGUGCUCACCCAGUCUCCGAUUUCCCACUGCAAUAGUGCCAAACCCUGGAGGACCGAGCAGGGCCGGCCCUGGGCAGGCCUCUGCUCUGCCCCGAGCGCCGCCUCUGACUUGGCAACCUUGACCUUGCCCUCCACAGUGAGCGUAAGUGUUGCUUUUUAAAGGCCCAAAAAUGACUUCGGGAACAACGAUCUUUCUUAGUGAAAUAAAAAUAAGCUUUUGGUGGCCUUUAGCUUAUGAAUUUGGAGUUUGGGGUUUGCCUUCUUUAUGAAGAAAAUUGUGUCUUUUUUGCAAAGCCACUGGAGGUGAGCACUUGGCCGUGGGGUUGCCUCGUGUCUAGGCUACGCCAAGCUCCAAGGGCCAGCAGAAGACACAGGACAGGGUCCUUGUUCGAAGCCAGAGGAGGAAGCUCUAGUAGUGUCUAAUGACCCUUGUUUGCAAAGGAGCCUGCACUCAGGCUGCUGGUCCUGAGUACCUAGCGAGGCGGUCUCAGCCUGGAAAUGUCCUACCUGCAUGGGACAGGAGAGAGGCGCUUAGCCUUUGUUUCUUCUGAGGGGUGGAACUUGCAGGCACCCUCACCCCACCGUCAGAUGAUGUUCUUCAGAAGAGAGCCCGAGGGGCGUGUGAGCCACUGGUAACAGCAGCAAACCACACCAACGCUCCACCACCACAGGCUAGGGGAGGUGACAGUAGCCAAGGAUGGUUCCAGAAUACUCUGCCUGUGUAUCAUUCCUCCCUCAUUUUGUUUCUAUUUUGGUUUCAGGGAUUGAGAGCACCAACAUCAAUAACUGUAUGGCUGUUCUCACUUCUUCUGUUCAACCCUUUUAUUAUUUUAUGAGUAGUGAGUAUUACAGGCAAUGAGGGCUCUGACCACUAACUUAUACUGAGGAACCAAAAUCUGGGGUUCUGCAGGUCAUCCACAGGUAUCGGUGUCCUUCAUCUUCAGCCCAGAGAUGAGGCAGCCUCCAAAAGCAAGUACUGGUCAACUCUUCCUGAGCAGUACUUGGUCCAAUGACCUGUGCUCAAGGAGGGGGCAUGCACCUGCCUGGGUCCACCUGCCCCUAACAUUUAAAACCUGUCACAUAAAGAACCAGGCAGAUACCUAGAAGCACCCAUCAGAAGUCAGGCUCUUUGUAUUGCCAGGAAGAGGUUCGAUCAUAGUGUGUGUGCUACUUUGUCAGGGGUCCUUUCUUUGUGCAUCACAUCCAAUGCACAAAACAGGUGUUACACACACCUGUGGCUUCAGCUUCUCAGACAGCUGAGGCAGGAAAGACUGAGCUACAUGGCUAUCUGCCCUUUCUGCUGGGAGCAGCUCUGGCUCCUUGCACACACAGGAGUGCGUAGGGCUUGUGGAAGACCUCGGCUGGUGGUCAAGCAGCUGGCCAAAGCCUGUAGGGCUUUGACUUUAGCAAGUGGAAGUUUUGCAGGCUUCAUGGAGGUGGGCAGCUGGCUUCCUUCAGCAACAUGCUUGCUUCAAGGGAAAAAAGACUUCACAAGCAGACUUCAGUGAGCAUAAGCACUUAAUCAUCGCUUUUAGCCUUUCUUCUUAUGGAUGUGACCAGUGUUGUGGGUAAUCAUUUGUAUUUCUUGAAUGUUCUUUAUGACUAACAGUUAUUAAGUGGAUUGUGUAUAUGUGUAACUAAUGUCAUUGCCUUUUAAAUUUCAUUACAAUAAAGCUGACUUUCCUCUGAACACAAAUGA